UGUUGGUUAAAGCGGUUAUAAGAUUGAUAUUACGCACCCCCUGCCGGCAUGACAUGCAACAUACCAACAGCCAAACCAACAAGCACGGCUUCCUGCAGACUAAAGGGGGACGAGGUGCAUACGCGUCUCUUGUAUAAGAUACCAGCUGGUGCCUUGUAUGGGCCCCGGUGAAAUUUUCGGGGCGAUCGUUUGCUAUACAUUCCAUAGCCGAGUAGAAUUCCCCAAGAGCUGAGACCAAACGAAAUGGCGACAUUAUAUCCAGCAAUAAACAGUAGUGGAACAAUAACUUCCUUUCUUCCUCUUACGACAAUAUUCACGCCCUCGAUAGAAUGUAGCCGAUACUUUCGACUUAAUGGACCUAGCCUUGUGGCAUUCGACCCCGGGUACGGAUUGGACAUAAACUCCAGUGUUCGAUGUGCACCUUCUGCUGUGACAACCUGGUGGGAGCAAGGCCGACUAGGAGACAAUAACGAAGACCACACUGCUCUCAGUCUAGGACCUUUCACAUGCCCUUACCAAUGGUCGACAGUCGUGAGCUCGGUGGAAAACCAGUCAAGUACGCAUGCCAUGUGCUGUCCCUCAGGCUACUACCUGGCAAAUGGUAUUUCAGGGUUUGUAGUUGGGGACUGUCUGUCAGAUGUAUCAUCAGGCAUGACUUUGACAUACGCCUCGACAUCGACGUCGAUUUCUGAUGUCUGGUACACGGAGACGACCACCCUAGCGCGAAGCUCUGUUGUCGGUGCCAUCGCAAUCGUGGGCUGGAAUAUCAAUCUGGCGACGCCAACAGAACCAGGGACUACAUCAAAGCUUACGACAGAACCUUCGAAACUUAUAUCAACGAGAGAAUCCAUUGCCGUCUCUUCCUCUUCGCUAGCCCCCUCGAUAUCCAGCCCAUCACCAUCCUCGAACAACUCGUCCCGAAUCAGCCAAGGCGCCGCGGCAGGUAUUGGGGUAGGAGUCGGUGUAGGCGUGAUCGGAAUAGCUUCGCUACUUGUGACCCUAUAUGUAAUGAAGAAGCGGAAAAAGAGGAAUGUAGUGAUGCCGCCACAGAGUCAUCAGGGCUAUGGAUCAAUGGCUGUACAACAGCCACUUCAUGAACUUUAUGUGGCGCCCAUUAAACAUGAGCUAGACAACCAGCCAGCUAAACCACAUGAACUACCGGGAGAGUUGUGACAUCCCGCUCAAGGUGGAUCCCAGAGCCGCCCGUCUCUGGCUGAGCUGCAGGAGUAGUUGGACUCGAAUAUUCGGAAUAACGUUUAGAUAAAGUGCAGUCAAUCCUAUCUCGUUUCUUCAGUUGUCAAGCCGAUUAGUGCAUUUAAUCAACUAGAGCACUAGACCUCGUCGUAGUAACUUGGAGGGAAAUUAAUAAAGUUAAUGAGACAGCGCCGCUCGUUCAACUCAUGUCUAGCAAUAGCACGCAGUAAUUUCUCGUCAGCGCGUACAUCCUGGGCACUAAAGUAGAUGGCGAUAAUCAAA